ACAAUAAUCACACAUACUUGCCGUUGUCUCCUACCACUAUCAGUUGGAUACAUUGGAGAGAAAUGGCGGAGGAAAAGGUGAAGCUGGUGAACGGUGACGGCGUCGGAGGUGGAAAGGGAAUCGUGGAGGUGAACCCCAAGCCCCAGAAAGGGCUAAGUGCGACGCUGAUUGACUGGUUUGAGCAGUUGAUAGUGAAAUUUAUGUACGAUUCUUCUAAGCCUCAACACUAUCUCUCCGGUAACUUCGCGCCUGCUCCGACGGAAACUCCACCCACCCAAUAUCUUCCCGUCAAAGGCCAUCUCCCUGAAUGCUUGAAUGGCGAAUUCGUAAGGGUUGGGCCCAACCCCAAGUUUGCCCCUGUUGCUGCAUAUCACUGGUUUGAUGGAGAUGGAAUGAUUCAUGGUAUGCGCAUCAAGGAUGGAAAGGCGACAUACGUGUCUCGUUAUGUCAAGACAUCACGUCUUAAACAGGAAGAGUAUUUCGGAGGGGCAAAAUUUAUGAAGGUCGGAGACCUUAAAGGAUUAUUUGGACUGCUCAUGGUCAAUAUAUAUAAGCUGAGAGAAAAGGCUAAAGUGUUAGAUCUAUCAUACGGGAAUGGGACUGCUAAUACAGCUCUUAUAUAUCACCAUGGGAAACUUCUGGCACUUCAAGAGGCAGAUAAACCUUAUGUCCUAAAAGUUUUGGAGGAUGGCGAUCUCCAAACUCUUGGCAUGCUUGAUUAUGACAAGCGAUUAUCACAUUCCUUCACUGCUCAUCCGAAGGUUGAUCCAGUCACUGGUGAGAUGUUUACUUUUGGCUAUGGACACGAACCUCCUUAUAUUACAUACAGAGUUAUUUCAAAAGAUGGUUUCAUGCACGACCCAGUACCAAUAACAAUAGCAGAUCCAAUCAUGAUGCAUGACUUUGCAAUUACUGAAAAUUAUGCAAUUUUCUUGGAUCUUCCUUUGCAUUUUAGACCAAAGGAAAUGGUUAAAGAAAAGAAGCUGAUAUACUCAUUUGAUGCUUCAAAGAAGGCUCGUUUUGGUGUGCUUCCACGAUAUGCAAAAGAUGAUCGCCUAAUCAGAUGGUUUGAGCUUCCUAAUUGCUUUAUCUUCCAUAAUGCGAAUGCUUGGGAGGAGGGAGAUGAAGUUGUUCUGAUCACUUGCCGCCUUCAAAAUCCAGAUCUGGACAUGGUCAAUGGGGAGGUCAAAGAUAAGCUUGAUAAUUUUACAAAUGAGCUGUAUGAGAUGAGAUUCAACAUGAAAAGUGGUUGUGCUCUACAAAAGAAAUUAUCUGCUUCUGCUGUAGAUUUCCCCAGGGUGAACGAAUACUACACUGGCAGGAAACAAAGGUAUGUGUAUGGAACCAUUUUGGACAGCAUUGCAAAAGUCACAGGGAUUGUGAAAUUUGAUCUGCACACGGAACCAGAGGUCGGAAAAACAAAGAUUGAAGUUGGGGGAAAUGUUGCAGGGGUCUUUGACUUGGGUCCUGGUAGAUUUGGUUCAGAAGCUGUUUUUGUGCCUUGUGAACCGGGGACCACUGGUGAAGAGGAUGAUGGCUACUUGAUAUUCUUUGUACAUGAUGAAAAUACCGGAAAAUCUGCAGUGAAUGUGAUUGAUGCAAAAACAAUGUCAGCAGAUCCUGUUGCGGUUGUCGAGCUACCCCACAGGGUUCCUUAUGGGUUCCAUGCAUUCUUUGUGACAGAGGAACAACUUCAAGAGCAAGCAAUAUAGAAAUGGUUGGGAUUUUUCUUUUCGGCCAGCGGAGGAAUGAAGAUAUGCAAUUGCCUUUGUUUAAUAGACAGACAUUAUAAUAUAUAUCCUGUAAUAAUAAUGCCUCUCCAGUAUACAGAAAUAUUACCUGUUUGCGCAUGGGUAAAAGAUACUAUAAUUUUUAUAUAUCCGAUGUUGGAUGAGGUUUCUUCA